CCUAACCACCAUUGGACUCCAUACGAACACCGCGCAUCUUGAGGUCUCUCAUGCCAGACCUACGAACAUAUGCACUUCUCGCCACAGGCGUCGUGGUCUCAUGGGCCACAUACCUCUCCAUCAAGAACAACUCCUACCUUGACACGUCCAAUCCGCUCCUCACAGCCCUUCCACAUCCACUGCAUGCAACUCAUUACUUCGCGUCGAAGAAGAAUAUCCUAAAUAUACUCUUCAUUAAGAAAGCCUGGGGAUGGACAACUGCCGCGUUCUUCACCCUCUUCUUCCUCUCCACACCCAAAUCCAUCACCCCAGCCUCCUCGGGUAACACCUCCUGGACAUUCCGAAGACUGCUACAAUAUGUACUUGCAACCGCCUGUUGGCUUUUCUUCUCCGCUUGGUUCUUUGGACCACCCGUUCUGGAUAGACUCAUCACCGCCUCAGGCGGAGAGUGCGUCCUUCACCUCCCAGGCCCACACGGAGCCUACAUCCCCGUCCCUCCACAAUACUGCACCGACCGUAUACGGAUAUCUCCCGCCACACAUCCCGAACUUUUCCCCUCGCCCCUCAUCAGCGCUGCCGACCUCCUCUCCAAAACAGGAACACACGCUGAAUGGGCCGGUAUUCCUAGACUGAGAAGGGGUCACGACGUGUCAGGCCACAUCUUCUUGUUGACGUUGUCGAUAUGUUUCUUGGCGGAUCAGCUGAGACAAACGUGGCAGGCAAAGGGGAAGAAAGGGGAAUGGUGGGCUGUGGGUGUGUUGACGAAUGCAGGCAUGAUCGGGCUUUGGUUGUUUGCGAGUUGGGUGACGAGUUUAUAUUUCCAUUCCCCGUUCGAGAAAGUUACAGGGUAUCUCCUUGGCGUUGCAUGCUUCGCUGUCACGCAGAUCCCAUUACUCCUGUCAAACGAUGUUCCCACUUCCACCAAAGUACCAGCUCCCACCGAAGUUAGAGAUGAAUAGAGCCAAGGCGGAUGUUUUAUUUCCACACCGUCUCUUUGAUGUCGCUACGUCAGAUACGA